ACGAGAUACAACACGAGAGAUCCGUAAAAGUUUUUUCGGUUUUUCUGUUAUUUUUAUCCCGUUUAUUGUUGUUUUCGUGAAAAUUUAUUAAUAAUGGAGUCCAGUGAUGUGGUACCGAAAAAUUGGCUGAGAUGUAACCUCUGUUUUUGCCUAAUGUGCAAAUCAAAAGAUCCUUUUUCUCUCACCUUUUGCGGCCACAUUUUCUGCAACAAGUGUAUUAGAAAAGCAACAAAGCAAUGCCCACAAUGCAAAGCUCAAGACGUUCCGUCAAUGAUUCUUCAAGAACCACUAAAGCCGGAAAUAAAACACUGUUUUGAAUCCACGGAAGAACUUUCCGAAAAAUUGAGACAAGCGACUCUCUUUCACGACAUGCAACGCGCUUUAAACUGCAAACGUCUCAAUGAUCUUGAGAAAAAGUAUGUUCUUGCUAAAAACGAAUACCAUAGAAAAUCGAAAGAGGUCCACUUUUUGAAGGAAAAGUAUUCUAAGUUGUUGAAAGUUGAUGAAAGUCUUCACAAACAUGUCCAGGAAUUGGAAGCGAAAAAAGCACAACAGUCUCAACAGACCAGUUUCAUGAUGACUCCGAUUUCAAAUGUUUCAUCGAUGCCCAGAAGCGCUCAAAGCCUCAGUUCCACUGGUUCUGUGAGACUUCCCGGGCAAUCAUUCCCUGUCCCGGAACAUCUUCAGCGAUCGGUUCUACGACCAAUCAGACACGAGUCAGUCAGCCGAAAUGGAGAAUUCAGAAUUCCAAGUGUUACCAGAGUUCCCAGAUCUGUUGGAAAUUCCAUGAAGUCUUCUUCGCGUGCCAGCAGUUCUUCGAGAGGAACUCCUUUUUCUAAUUACACUCCCAACUCUGACAGAAGUUAAAUUAAAAAUUUAAUUACUCUUACAAAUAAUUUAUUUCAAUUUAAAAGAAGAAUCAAUUGAUUUUUUCACUCGUCAGAGUCAAUCGUAAAUUACAAAUCGAAUUAACCAUUUUUUAAAUUAAUUUUAUCUAAAUUUUGAAGAAGAAUCAAUUGAUUUACUAAUUUGAUAAAUUGUUCCAAACUUUUCAAAGUUCUCGUUUACUUAAUUUAAUAAUUGUCGAAUCGGAAAUGAAUUUUAUUUUGAAUUUGAAACGAAAAAGUAUAAUUUUCUUUUGUUUAUUUGUUGAAUUAGGAAAUUAUUUUUGAAAAAUCGCGAUCUAUUGAAGAGGAUUUUUUGCAGAUUACUGUCGCGAAAGAAUAAAUAACUCGUGCCGAGUCGCAAAAGGGGUCCAAUGAGAGGGAUAUCGAGCGACGCUUGGCGCCGACGCCGGGCGUCGUUGGAUAAAAUUCUACAGUAGAAAUUCCUCGACUUCGACCAGUUCGCCGCCGGUGCUCGUCGUGUCUGCUUUGUCCCUCAAAUUACCUCCUUCUUCUCGAAAAAAAGACUCUAAUAAUUAAAUUAAAUUUAAAAAAUUGUUUAAACAAUUUUAAUUGAAUUGAAAUUGUUGAGAAAGUGAAAAAAAAAAAAAAAA